GUGAAAGCCAGGCCGCACUGUGUGAUCUGCUAGUUGUGGAUCAUGGCGACUUACAGACUAAUUACAGCCAGUAAUUAGAAAGCGUGCUGUUAGCUAUGGAGUGGAGCAAGCUAGGUCUAGGUCAAACUUGCCUCAAAAUCCGUCACGUUGUUAAUUUCUUCAGGUUGAAGUUUGCCGCUUCGAGCCCCCUGGAUCGCUAGGAGGUCAGGUUUGCCGGUAUUCGCACCUCUCUGUCUCGACAGCUCGAGCGUCUCUGGCGACUUGCAAGCAUUCAAAACGGCAGCUAAAAAUAACAGUAAAUGAAAAGUGGAUAUUUUAUUGCGCUAAUUAAUUAUUCAAAAAUUAAUUGGAAUGAGUUGCGCAUGCUUCAAUUAACCAGACUCAACCGGAAGCGGAAUUGUGGGAUAGAAAAUGGCAGCCGUCUAGCAGGUGCCCGAAUCAAACCACAAAGAUAUUGAUACAGCUCACCAGCAACCAAAUCAAGGAGAGUACUUGCCAUCUCACCUGUAUUAAGAGCAGAAAAAAACCCAUCGAGUCAAGUCCGAACAGAUCGAAAAUUACCAAUAAACAACUGGAUCUAUAAAGGGAAGAUGGCUGACAAUAACCCAUUUGUGGACCGCACAGAAACCUACUUGGCAAGUCCAGAGAAGGUAAAGAUUAACAAGAACAAAACAACCAUCAUCUUGACAGGAAACACAUCCGAGAAGACAACCUCAACUAAAAAGCGGGUCUCAUCCACUUCCUGGCAGAUCACCAAGACAACCGAGAUCACUGACGAGGUCAAAACAGGUCAGAAAGUAUCGACAAUGGACUUUGAGAUCGGCAGUUCAGGUUGUGUGUCUCCAACAUCUUCCCCAGGGAGGAGGUCCUUUGUCUCCUCCACUGAGUUCACUACUGGUUCUGGUAAGACUGAUGGUGCGGUUGGAUUGUCAGAUGAUGGCAGUGAUCCUGCUGAUGAGUAUGUCUUCAUUGAGAAUGAGGAUGUGAACUUCAUCGACAGAGUGGAGACAACCGAGAUACGCAAGGAACAAGAGUCUAUUGCUCCGGAACCUAAGAAGUCCUAUUUUGCUUAUCUCCUGGACCAGGAUAAUUCUUCCAACCCAGCAUCCCAGAAUGGUGACCAGGCAGCUUCAGAGGGGGAGGAUUUGGUUCAUUUGUCCAGUGCAGAGCUGGAAGAGAAGAAGAAGGAUGAUGCCACAUUGUAUGAGAGGAUUACCUACACCCCUGGUCUUGCUAUCAGGAGCUAUGCUGUGGAAGAAAUUCAACAGAAGAGGUCUUCAGAAGGAAGUAUGGAAGAUGCUGAAAACAACAACAUGCAGGGACAUGAUGGAGGCCAGACAGAGACUAGAGAUAGAGUUGCCAGCAGCACUGGUGAAGCCCCUCUGACUCCUGCCCAGGGGUACAGAAUCUCCCAGAUCAUUGCAAUGCAGGAGACAGACUUGUGGGAACAGGAACGUUUGAGAAAAGAAAGGGAGGAGUAUGCCAUCAUUGACAGUCUGUCUAUGGAUGAUAUGAUGAAGAUGCUGGGAGAACAUGAUAGAAUGAAGUUUGAAAGUCAGGAGGUUAAUGAGGAGGUCUUUCCUAUUAUUCCUGGUCUCGCGUCUGAUGCCAAAUAUUCUGAAAUUUCUCAAAGAACAAGUUCCACUGAAAAGAUUGACACUAAAUUCUCUGAAAUGUCUCAAGGUGGUAAAGCAUCAGCACAUAGAGAAGCCCCUAAAACCAAACGUUCUGAUGCAUCUCCUAAGGAAAGAACAACAGCUGCAAAUAGCAACUCUUCUGAAAUGUCCCAAAAGGUAAUGAAUCCUGCAGAUAGUGGGCAGUCAACUGAAGUCAAGUACUCGGAAGUGUCACAAACAGUGACAGGUCCCACUGAAAGAAAACAUAUUUCUGAUGCUGUUUAUUCUGAAGUGUCCUCCAAGGUUCAGCAAAUCAGAACUGACAAUCUCUCACUUCAGCAAGUCACUGCAGAGGCUGAUGUCACAGAUUCACCAUCCGUGACAAAGGUUGUGGAUAACCGUCAAACCGAGACCAAUGCCUUGUCACUUGAUCAGUCAAGCAUGGGUCAUGCACAAGAGCUGAAGACACAGAUGAAAUCUUUUAGUGAUGCGGAACAAAGCAUCUCAAUGAGCACCACAUCAGUGACAAGUUCAGCAACUGUAGUGGGAGGUGUUUCCACAAUAACUGCACAAAAACAAACUGAAACAUCUCAGAGUCCCUCAAGGGAGGAGUCAAUCUCACCGCCUAUUGAAGUGGAACGGAAGUUUAACAUUACAGCAGAGACUGAAAACAAAAUAAAGAAACUUGGUGGGAAGUUAAUGAAAGAGAGGUCUUUUUCAGACAUUUAUUUUGACAACUGUGAUUAUUGUCUGACCCUGUCUGAUUGUUGGCUGCGGAAGAGGGAGAAUAAAUGGGAGCUGAAAGUUGCAUCAGAAGGCAUGUCCAUUAAGGACCGGGUCUCACAGUACAAGGAAGUCACAAAUGAGAAGGAAAUCGUUUCAUAUCUGAAAUCUAAACUCAAAAUUGCAAACAAAUGUUCUAAAGUAAAGGACAUCAUCAAAUCAGCAGUGAUGUCAGAAUUUGCCACAAUAUUAACCACCCGUAAGAGCUAUAGAUUAGCCGACUGCACAAUUGACCUUGACCUCACUGACCAUGGUUUCCAAGUUGGCGAGAUUGAGGUGGUGGCACCUUCUUCUUCACGAAUACCUGCAGCCAUCAAGACCAUAGAUGACGUGGCUAGGAGGCUGGGAUUGGACUUGAACAAGAAAGUCCCUGGGAAAAUGACUGAUUCCCAGGAAUGGAAAAAUCCACAUUUGUACAAACUGUUAAUUAAUAAAUGUGUCCUAAUGUCAGCUUUGUCAGAUGACGAAACAGACAAGUCUGGCAUCACCUAAUUCUGUUUAUGCUGUCAGCUGAUUCCUGCACAGACGUGGCUGUCCUUGAUCACAGAGAGGGAGACUGGAGUCUCUGACUGGGGAUAUCAUCCUGGUUGUGAAUACCCAACUAAGUAGAUUUGUCAGAUUAUGACAUAGACAAAUGUUCUCUCUGUUACAUCCCUUAACCUGCAGCUGACUGUAAGUGGGAAACAUACAUGUCGACAGCAGGGAAAUAUACAGCAAACAGUGAGUGGCUAUGCUGGUUAGAUUGUUCAUUUACAGCCACCAUUCAAGAUGAAACAGACUGACCCAAGACAUUAUAAACCUAUUGGGUAAGCAUUUCCUUUAUAAGAUUGUGAAAAGAUGCACCUGUGGGUUAUUGUGAAUUACCACUGUAGUGUGGACUUGCCCAAGUUUGCUUAGCUGCCAUAUAGGCCAGGGUUUAGUUUCCUGGUGGCAAGCAAGUUGCCCUGUAUACUCUAGGCCAGGGUUUUAUUUCCUGGUAGCGAGUGUGUUGCCCUGUAUACUCUAGGCCAGGGUUUAAUUUCCUGGUGGCAAGCAUGUUUCCCUAUACACUAUAGGCCAAGGUUUAAUUUCCUGGUAGUGAGUAUGUUGCCCUAUAUACUCUAGGCCAGGGUUUUAUUUCCAGGUGGCAAGCAUGUUGCCCUGUACAAUAUAGGCCAAGGUUUAAUUUCCUGGUAGCAAGUGUGCUGCCCAGUACACUAUAGGCCAAGGUUUAAUUUCCUGGUGGCAAGUGUGUUGCCCUGUAUACUCUUGGCCAAGGUUUAAUUUCCUGGUGGCAAGCAUGUUGCCCUAUAUACUCUUGGCCAGGGUUUAAUUUCCUGGUGGCAAGCAUGUUGCCCUAUAUACUCUUGGCCAGGGUUUAAUUUCCUGCUGGCAAGCAUGUUGCCCUGUACAAUAUAGGCCAAGGUUUAAUUUCCUGGUAGCAAGUGUGCUGCCCAGUACACUAUAGGCCAAGGUUUAAUUUCCUGGUGGCAAGUGUGUUGCCCUGUAUACUCUUGACCAGGGUUUAAUUUCCUGGUGGCAAGCAUGUUGCCCUGUAUACUCUUGGCCAAGGUUUAAUUUCCUGUUGGCAAGCAUGUUGCCCUAUAUACUCUUGGCCAGGGUUUAAUUUCCUGGUGGCAAGCAUGUUUCCCUGUAUACUCUUGGCCACGGUUUAAUUUCCUGGUGGCAAGCAUGUUGCCCUGUAUACUCUUGGCCAAGGUUUAAUUUCCUGUUGGCAAGCAUGUUGCCCUAUAUACUCUUGGCCAGGGUUUAAUUUCCUGGUGGCAAGCAUGUUUCCCAGUAUACUCUUGGCCAGGGUUUAAUUUCCUGUUGGCUAGCAUGUUGCCCUGUAUACUCUUGACCAAGGUUUAAUUUCCUGGUGGCAAGUGUGUUGCCCUGUAUACUCUUGGCCAAGGUUUAAUUUCCUGGUGGCAAGCAUGUUUCCCUGUAUACUCUAAGCCAGGGUUUAAUUUCCUGGUGGCAAGCAUGUUGCCCUGUAUACUCUUGGCCAGGGUUUAAUUUCCUGGUAGCAAGUGUGCUGCCCAGUAAACUAUAGGCCAAGGUUUCAUUUCCUGGGGGCAAGCAUGUUGCCCUGUAUACUCUUGGCCAGGGUUUAAUUUCCUGGUGUCAAGCAUGUUGCCCUGUAUACUCUUGGCCAGGGUUUAAUUUCCUGGUGGCAAGCGUGUUGCCCUGUACAAUAUAGGCCAAGGUUUAAUUUCCUGGUGGCAAGCAUGUUGCCCUAUAUACUCUAAGCCAGGGUUUAAUUUCCUGGUGGCAAGUGUGUUGCCCUAUAUACUCUUAGCCAAGGUUUAAUUUCCUGGUGGCAAGCAUGUUGGCCUAUAUACUCUUGGCCAGGGUUUAAUUUCCUGGUGGCAAGCAUGUUGAAGACCCGGGUAGAAUAGGUCUUCAGGAAACCAUGCUUGAUAUAAGAGGAAACUAAACAGCAUCAGGUGGUCAGGCUCAUUGUUUCCCAAUUGUAUGGAUCGAUGCUCAUGAAGUCAGACACUGGUUUGUCUGGUUCAGACUUGAUUAUUUACAGAGUCCCGUCAUGUAGCUGGAAUGUUGCUGAGUGCGGCGUUAAACAACAAACAAAACAAAACGUGUUGCCCUGUACACUAUAGGCCAAGAUUUAAUUUAAUGGUGGCAAGCAUGUUGACCUAUACACUAUAAGCCUGGGUUUAGUUUCCUGGUAGCAAACGUGUUUCCCAGUACUCACAAUGUUGGAAAUUGUAUGAUAUCGAUUGUUGGUUUCUUCAACUAUGACAUUGUAGACAAGUAUUUAUUAGGUCUGACCAGACAUCCCAUUUCUCCCUCUGCAAUGUACCCUUUUUGAAGCCUUAAAGCCAACCAGACAUCCAUUCUUACUUGCCACCUGUACACCCACUGCACUCAAGAUAAACAGACAUCCAUUCUUACUUGCCACCUGUACACCCACUGCACUCAAGAUAAACAGACAUCCAUUCUUACUUGCCACCUGUACACCCACUGCACUCAAGAUAAACAGACAUCCAUUCUUACUUGCCACCUGUACACCCACUGCACUCAAGAUAAACAGACAUCCAUUCUUACUUGCCACCUGUACACCCACUGCACUCAAGAUAAACAGACAUCCAUUCUUUCUUGCCACCUGCAUGUACACCCACUGCACUCAAGAUAAACAGACAUCCAUUCUUACUUGCCACUGAAAUCUUCAAGAUAAAAAAACAUCCUUUUCUUAAUUGCCACUUGUACACCAACUUAAGUCUUGAAGGUGAACAGCAAUCCAUUUUUUGUCUUGAAUUGUGUUCAAAUUGAUAUGACAAAGCCUCUAAUUUAAUGAACCAACAUUGAGGUAUUGGAAGCAUGCCAGACAUGUUUCUGUUUCUAGCCAUUUUUACCUCAACUGAAAUUUUGAAGAAUGCAAAACAUCCAUCUUCUUAAAGAAGUAUGUGUGCCUAAAUAGCUUGAGCACAAUGUCUUGGGUUAGUGAAUAAGUGGUAUAUCUUAUUCCUAAUGUGUAUAAUCUCUUCUGUUUCUUGAAAUGAGAGCCCCGGUGUGACAUUACAGGUGGUUGAUGUAAGAUCAGUAUGUUAUGUGAUGGUCACGUGACAGCCAUGUGACUCACCUAGAACUUUUUAUUAUACAUUUGUUGGUGGUCAUUUUGUGUUGAUUGGAUUGUGAAUGUAUUGGUGUGAAAUAUGAUCAGUUUGAUGAUUGUUGAGCAUUAGAUGAUGCCACCAUGUAUCAAGUGGCAGUCUCAUGAUAUACCACAUGUCGAUGGAAUAGAGAUGCACUGCCAUUUGCCAAGGAACCAACUUAAUGUCCAGAUCACAGUGCUAUCAAUGUCACAGGACUACCAGGAUCAUGAUAGUUGUGGUUUUCUGUGUCUGCUUGUGGUCUAAUUUCAGGCAUCACAGGGCCAUCAUGUGAUGUAAUGCUGGAACAUCAAAACAUUUCUGUGUUUCUCUAUUGGACUUCAGACAGUUGAACUCACAGGUCAUGUGACUGCACAUGAAGUCAUGUGAGUGUCAUAUGACACACCAGAACUGGAAAUUUCUGUCACACAGGGUAUGAUUGUUCUAGCUGUAUGUACAUACUUCUCGGUGUACCUUGUCUUUCAUGUGUGUAGAAGUCAGGCAAAAACACUAGGUGGUGAUUCCUGUUACCUAACUCAUGAGUCAACAACAUCGUCUUUAAAUGUUAAUCCAGAAAGACACUAUUUUCAGCAAUUGGAUCCAUCAUUCAUAUAUUUAAUUGAAAGGUUUUCUAAAAUGUUGAAUGCACAAGAUGGGUAAUCAGAACCACAGCAUAUGUUUGAGCCUUAAAUGUGUUAGGUGCCAUGCAAAGGAAUUGUUUCCUUGCUUCACAUACAUACGUGAAUGAAUAUGUUUUGUUGUAUUUUGGCCAACUAUGUGUAAUAAUUUUGGACAUCACAAUUAAGGUCACUCAUAUGUAGUACUUCAAUAUGUUUGAAAACCAAAGAAUGAUUCAUGGUGCAUUAUCGUGUCACAACAACCCCUCGUGAGGAAAUGCUGGAAACUGAUGAGUGACAGUUUGUGGCUGAUCUUUGUCCAUGGUACAUCUUGAGUGUCAUCACUAUGAUGCCAGCUGACACACAGGAACCUUUGUAACAUCACUGAUACAUGCAAUGUUGAUACCACAGUUUACUAAAUAGAUCCGAUACCUUACCCCCUCAGUUUCUAUUGUAAUGUUAGAUUUGUUAGACAGGGUCUGUACUUACUCUUGCAAUCAAAAUUACCGGUAAGCUGUGUUAUUUUUUAUGUUGUUAUUUGAAGUAGUUAUAAACCAUAUUCAAGAUCUGUAAUCCUAUCCUUUCUAUUUAAAGAACAGCAAGUGUUUGAAAUGCUUUGUUUUAUGCCAAAAAGUGUUUGGUUUUAUACCUUUUUGGCAUUUACUUGGAAUGUGGGUGUUUAUGCCUUCAUCAAUAAUGAUUCAAAAGGACUUUUUAUACAAUUAUUAUCAUUAUUAUCUUUUAUGGAUAUUUUUUUACAUUUUCAGAGCUAAGAUAUGAAACAGUAAAUAUUAGGGACCAGUUCAAAAGUUUGAUUUCAGAUAAAAAGAUAUAAUUCUGUAAGUUUUGGCGCAUACACCAUAUAGAUUAAAUCUGCCAUUCUGUAUUACACACUGCACUGGAUGGACUUACCACUAUUGCUGGCCACAAUAAAACUCUACCUAGUGGAAGACUGCCUGUAUUUAUGACAACUCCUAACAGCAUAUGGAGGAAAAUAAGAUUGGUUUAGUGUAGUUCCCAUAUGAGACCAAGAGAAAUCAGGUAAGUUGAUUUUGUCAUAUUUAAAACUUGCAGGGCCAUUAACCCCCCACCCCUAAGCUUAUGGAUUUAAGAUUUUUAUCUGACAUCAAACUUUUGAACUGGUCCCUUAAUGGACUAAUAUUUAGAUCAUAUAAGUUAUAUUUCUAGAUAGUUUAACGCAAAAACGUAAUUCAUCUAGAAAUACACUUAAUAUAGAAUAACACUAUAUAACAUUAAGUUAGUGGAAUAGUAAUCAUAAAUAAACAUAUCCCUUGGAUUUGAACUCAAGUGUUCAUGCAUAUAAUGGUGUCCUGUGUAAUUUAUGCAUUUAUUAAUGUAUUGUCUUUACAUAUAUAUGCCUACAUAUAUGUGCCUACAUUCAUGCUGAAAUAUGGUGUUUUAUAGUGUAUGUUAUAUAUAUUGUUCACUAUGUCUCUGUAUUCUUUCCGCUAUGUGUAAAAUGUUCAUACAGGAGUGUUCGAUAGUUCUGAUAAUCUGAAUCCACUGAUGAUCAUGACAUGCAAUGAGCACUCUUUGGAAGAGACAACCAUUUUGUUUAUCAUGUUCUCCACAAUAAUCUGCCCGGUAUAAAUGUGCUCGCUUCUUAUAACUACUUUGUGUAUUUGCAGAUGCAUAUGUAUUAGUUCUCAAAUAGGUGCAGAUUAGAUGACAUUCUUCUCUACUGGCUUAAAGGUUUGUGUAUUGAUGAAUAUGUGUUUCUCUUUGGGUAUAGAUAUCCUGAUACCCAAUAUUGCUCAUGAGGGACAUAAUACAUCAGAGUAAGCAUGAUCCUAUCUUCAAGUCAGGUAUGCAUACUUCAUAGCUGCAGGUUGUUAAAUGAAUCCUAAUCAAGAUUAUAAUCAAAAUCUGAUAUAUGCAACGUUUAUAUGUGAAGCUGUAAGCCGUUGAAAUGAUUAUGUUGGAUCAAGAUACCUAUAUUAUUGAUUAAGCUGAUUCAUUAAAUUCUGUCUUGGUUAUCAGAUCUGUGAUUUGACUGAACAUUAUUGAAUCAGGAUGUGAAGCGGAUUUUUCCAUAGACUCUUGUGACCUGUUGAAGUCUGGAUUGACUAAUAACAUGUCAAAAAUGACAAUGAACUUUCUUACUGGUUGCCACGAUGGAACAGUUGAAAGUUACAUGUGCAUCAAUAAAACAAGGGCAGUAAUGUCAUGUCUACCAAACUGGCAAAGACAAACACAAUUUUAAAAGCAUACAACUGUUAAGUAUCUUUAUUUAAACUUUCCGAGUGAAGAUGUCUGUGUUCUGAUUAGCUAAGUUUAAAAGACUAGCUCAUUGAGCUAUUUAUGGCGUAACUAUUUCAAAACACCCUUAGAUAUUGGUAAACGUUUUUGGUAACUGUUUCAUAUACCUGUGUUUGUACAAAUCAGUUAUCCAACUGGAUAGACUUCCAGUGGUUUGGUUCAUUUUCUUGAGCAUGAUUCAUCCCAGUUGGUAAAUUAAUAAGACAUUAUUUGUGCUGAUUCAAUGAAGGUGAGCUACUGAGUCCAUGGUUGUAAUCUUGUAUGUUCAAUCUUAAAGUAUUAAAGCUAGAAUAAGGAAAGAUUCAUGUGGUGAUCAUCACAUCUGAAAUAUUCUGACUUUUCUUGAGUUUAUAUCUUAAGUUUUGAGUAAUGUCAGAUAUUUUUUUUCCAGUUAUUCAACAGUAGGACAUUGCAUUGUUUUCCUCUGGCUUUAGUUGUGUAUGUACUUUUAAAGUUAUAGUAGUGUAUAAAUAAUGUGAAAUAAUAAGCUGAAAUGCAUGUGUUAGAAACUGUAGAUGGUUUACUACUUCUUACUGUGUGGUUUGUUCCUAUUGACCAUGGCUAGUUUGUCCUGCAGCGGUGUUCUCAACAAACCAUUUGAUGGAACCAAUACAUAUGCAUGUGCUGCUAAAUAACACAUAUGAACUACACCCAGUAUGCUUAUAGAACAUGGUUAUCUGCAAUAUGUUGCUAAUACUGUAACUCCAGUAUCAAUACUCAUACUGCAAGUAUAUUAUAUAUAUGAUCAUAACUUUUCUUCUGUGUUAAAAUGCACAUUCCAUAUAUAUUGUGUAACUAACCCUAGGCCAUGACACACUUUCCUCAACAAAUUCAACAAAUUAUCUAAUUUAUGUAGCUUUGCUUCUGUAGAUUUUCCCUGUGAAUGGCUGGCAUGACUUUUUUAGGCCUGUUCAAUUGACUUGAAUGAUACAGAGUAAUGACAAACUGUGCCAUGUGAUACUCCCUGCCUGUGCUGUAUAACAUCCCUAGGUCUGUGCUCUGUCACUCAGCAGCAUUAGGAUCACAGUCAACAUGGGCACUGUGUAUCCUCCUCUCAUGUUGCUAGGACCAGUCCACCUAAAAAUAUCAGUCUUGAACUUUUUCCUGUAAAUAUUUUUGAAAACUUCAGUGAUGGUGUUUUUUACAUGGAUUUACAAUCUCUUUUAUCCUAAGGAAAAACUGCAAAUGAUUAUAGAAAAGUAAGUUUCUUGUAUUUUGAAAAAUUGGCAUGGCUGUGAUAUGUAGAUUACUUGCAUCUCCAUCAAAGUUAACGGAGUCCUGUGUCUUGCUAAAUGACUAGGGUAUGUAAAUGUUGUAUUAUCAGUACACAAUGACAAUUAUAAGUCAUAAACUUGAGGUUAUUAUGAAAAUCAAUAUUAUGAAAAUGUGACAUGCUUAAACAUUAUAUAUAUUCAUUUAGACAAUUAAAAUAAACAAAGACAUAUUACUUGCCCAAAAUAGACAAACACAUAUAUAAAUGCUCAACAAUAAACAAACAGGUAUAUUACUUGUCCAACAGUCAACAAACACUUAUUUGCCCAACAAUACACAACACAUAUUUCUUGCCUAACAAUAAAUUAAUACAUAUAGCAGUGCCCAACAAUAUACAGACACAUAUAUUAAUUGCCCAAAAAUAUCAUUUUUAUUUCAUAAUUAUUUUCCUGUACUCUCAAAAUGCUAUGUGUUUUCUUAAAUUGACUUUAAUUUGUAUACAUUUGUUCACUUUCUUUCAACAAGUUUGUUUUUAUUAUUUGCAUACUUAGUUUUGGACACAUAUUACUAAGUUACAGCUUUCACUGCAUUCCACCAAGACUUUAUAGGAUUUACUGUGUGGUUAUCUUGAAGCAAUAUGGACAGUCUAUGUUGUCAACUUGUCACACUUUAUAGCUAGAACCACCUUGAUGUUAGGAAUUAAACAUUUCCACAACUUGCUUACUAAUUUGACCAGCUGCUGUCUGUUAUAUUCUCCUACAUUUCAAGGCAGGAUUUUCACUCCAUAAAAAUGGAUGAGCUCAAGUUCAAAUGUAGGUUAGAAAUGGAUUCCUCUUUCACAAUGUCCAGUAUGUAACUACCUGCUAUUAUUUCUAUUCUAUCAACUGUCAUUGCUAGAUAGAGUAAGAUUUAUAGCUUUGUAUUUUUGUAUACCUACCUGUAUUUGGAGCAAGGUGUAUUCAUUAUUUUCCUAGGAAUCAUUUACCUGAGGUGCUAGUUGUAGGGCAUAGGGCACGUGACAUUCUUGACACUUUCUACAUGUAGGCACAGAUAUCACAUCCUUCUGUUUUUGUAGACUGGUGGUGAAAACAGGAAUGUUUUCAUAUGUUUUCUGAGCAAAUCAAAUAAUAACACUGAUAGCUUCCUGAGCUGAGAUGAGUCAAAACUGAAAUACAUGUAUUCUUGGAACUGUUACCAUUACAUUUAAAAUAGACUUUGGAUUUGAGUAUGAUCUUUUUAGUUUAAAUUUAUAAGUUUAUUCAUCCAAGUCAAAACUAGAAUUUAACAAAUGACCUUCAAUAUUUUUAUUGAUUUUUUAAAAAUAACUAAAUGAACAUUUAGGAAAGUUUUGAAUUAACAAAAUCAUAACUGAUUUAAAAUUUAAAAAAACGUUUGUCUGAAUAACUUCCUAUUUUAUAUAUGGAUUUACCAGAGUAACUUCAAGAGAGGAAUCAUCUAUCACCUUGAGAUGAAUUGUUUCAUAUUGAUUUUACUGUCAUUUGACGGAGUGUAUCUGUUAAGUUUAAAUGUUUUGCCACUGUCGCUAUGAUACAGCAGUGUUGUGUGCAUUGCGAUCUCACUAGCCAAUGUGAUACUUCUGCUUUUUAUGAUAUAUAUAUAUAUAUUAUAUGUACAUUUGUGUGCAUUUAGCCUCACAUCAGACUAGUCUUCUCACUGUGUUGUCUUUGCUGUUAUUCACUGUUGGAUAUUAUGUUAUGUUUUGUGAAUCUCCAAGACAAAAUCUAUUUUUCUGCUUAAUUCGGAUGUUUUCACUGCUUCUUAUUAGUUUGUUACUUGUGCCAAUAAAAAAUGAUGGUACCACCAAUCAAAGAA